CAACUAUGGGAAACAAUUAGUUUCAAGUUGGUCCAUGCAUACUUUAUUCAAAUAGAAAUGCUAUCGGCCAUCAGUUUUACCCAAGUUUUCAUGCAGAGAGUUGAUCAGAAUGCAGAUAUAGAACUCCUUAAAUUGGGCAUUCAGUGAAGUUUUUUUUUCUUCAAAAUCAGGUGAAACCUGCCGCUUAAAGCUUCCAAUAAAAUUGGAGGGACCUUGAGUCGUGAUGAGUGCUGAGCUGAAGAAGGACAAAAAAGACAAUGAUAAUAGGAAGAAGAAUAAGAAGAAGAAAGGCAAGAAGAGGAACGAUGGUAACAUAGACGACCUUCAGCAAGACGUCGAUCAGGUUGCGGAGAUCAUGGUGACUAAUAUUGACAAGCUACUGGAGAGGGGAGAUAAGCUAGAAGAUUUGAUGGAGAAUGCUGAGGAUCUAGAAGCUCAGGCAAAAGGCUUCCAAGUUGUCACAAAGAAAGUGAAAGAAAAUGAGAAAUGGAAAUACAGAAAAACAAAGAUCUGCUUGGCGCUGAUAAUCUUCUUCAUUUUGAUAGCCGUUGUAGCGAUUAUCCUAUUGAUAGUAAAGCCAUGGUAGUAAUGCCAGAAUACUCUCCUGUGUUUCUAAACCACCCAAAGGAUCCAUCCAUGGAGCGCCCUCUUGUGUCAUAAUAUUUAAAGGACAGCAAAACCGGGCAAUGUGGCGUGCACCUGUGAUCUGUAUCCUACAUGGUGAAAGUUACAAAUUGAUGCAGAGAUUUGGGCUUGUCAGAUCCUUCGAAUGGUGACGUUAAAGAUAAAUGCCAGUUGUGGCAACGAUCUCUAAAUGAGUACUUUCAAACAGAAUCUAAUAAAAUGUCCGACCACCCAAGUGUUUGUAUGUAUAAAUAAAAAUCAUGUGCCAAAUGGCUCUGGAAAAAGAUGUGUAAUUGCUCAGAAUUGAGCAAAAUAAGCACAGAAUUUAAUGUGUCGGGUAUUAUUCCAAAUAAUAGUAAUACACUGUCCCACAUAAUUAUGCCUUUUUGUAUUGGUGAUCAUCAGAAUUAUCGGUUUUCAGCUAAGAUUUCAUGAUUUUUUCAAGAUAAGUUCCAGAACUAGACCUACGAUAAUAUGGUGGCAUUUAACCUUGAUUUUGAAGACUUUCUCAUGAAAUAAUUAUUUGCUGCAACUACUUUCUUUUAGUUUGAAAGGUUGGCCCCAGAUGUGGAUAAUCAUAUCUGAGUGAUACAUAUGUUAAAAAACUCAAUUACAUUCACUAAUGCCAUAUGAAAAUAAGAAAGCAAAAUCAGGGCGUUUUGCCAGUACGUGUUGCAUUUUCUAAUUUCGCUUCUUCCAAAGAGGUUAACUUCAUAGCGGCGUCUAGUGCCAAAAUGUUGAAAUGACAGCUGUAUGAAGAAUGGUGGAAAACUCAGGGUCUUUGAUGAUGCACUGAUUGCACUACAGUCACACCUAUGAAACUGACUCCAGGCAAAGAUACUACAAGAAGAAGAUCGGACACGCAGGCGAUUUAUUGAAACGCUCCCAAACGCCAUAAAAAUGCCCAUGGGGAAGGAUGCCCACUAGCUUUGAGUAAGUAAACCCAUCGCACAUCGACACGCGGCUGUGUAUAAAACAUAUGGGAGAAAUGAGAGAGGAGCCUAUGGAGAGGGCUCAAGGGUGGUGCAUGGGAUUCAUUCCACCCUUUUUUACCCAGAAACCUCUGAAAUGUAUUCAUCUUUAAUUCAAGAAAAAAAAAAUGAUUGAAAACAAUUUUUUAAUGUAAAAAUCGUCUUUUCCUUCAACCCUUCACCAUUUCUCUCAUACAUGUACGUUAUGUACACAACCAUCUCGCGAUACGCAAAAUCAAAAAAAGGUUGUUACAUCAAAGCUGAGGUUCGCUCCUCCCGAGUGUUUCAUUAGUCGGUCUAUGUACUGUCCGAUCUUCCCCUCCAGGCAAAACCGAUGAUAUGUCAUUGGUAAAAGCAUAAAAGCUUUUGUUGGCUUGGUAUCAGUUUUGCCGGUGUGACUAUAGCGUUAACACAUAUACCACAGAGGCUGUCUUCAUUAGAGAACUGCCAAUAUUAGAGCUUUCACAGCUCGGACACUGGGGAUUUGGUCAUCAAUGCAAGUGCAACCAUGACAUAAAUUAGCUCAGGUUUGUCCAGUUGUUUUCAAAGAGCUCCUCACAAUCGCACAAAAUGCUGAUGGAGCAACCUUGAAUAGUAGAAUGUUAAAGAAUACAUACAGUGCGCUUUCUUAUUCGUGAAGCACCGAUUUUUUACUCUAUUAUAAUGAUAAUAAUAAUGAAAUAUGUCAAGUUAUAUAGCACAGUUGCUAUGUGCAUAUAUACUCAACUGCACUUUGAUACUUGGUAUCAUACUAUUACCCUGGCUGUAGCUAAGCCGCCUUAUUGAUUGAUGCUUAAGUGUUCAAGGAAUAAAUCCUACUGGGUACCCAUUCACCUCACCUGGGUCGAGUGCAGCACAAUGUGGAUAAAUUUCUAAUAUUCUAAUACUGGAAGAUUAUCCUGUGGGACACCAUGCCAAUGUCUGCAGAUGUACUUUGAGAAUAUGGUUUGCUAAGACUAUUAAAUGCAUUACACAAAUGUGGUUUCGAUGGGCCACAAAAGGAUUGUUUAGACUUGGUUCAAAGCUCAGUGAUAAAAACUCGGCCAAAUUUUGUGUACAAGGUAAAUGAGAUUGGUAUGUUAGUAAUACAAGGAUAUAUUACGGAAAAAAAAUUAACUAUAUAACUAACUUUAUAACUAAUUCUUUGGUAACUGAUAUAAGUAGGGUGACAUGCAUUGACAAUUCAUCUGAACUAAAAAGCAC